GUGACUUGAGCCUCCAGAUGUCUUUGCUCCGAUGACCAUGAUUCGUCAAAGGGCGCUCCUGCUGGCUUGCUGUCUAGCUGGGCUUGCUGUUUGCCACGACAGCCCCAACGCGAUCCUUGACCGCUACGUAGAAUCGCUGCCUCAGGGCACCGUGCCUAAGCUGGACUGGAAGACAGCCAAAGACUCAUCCUUUUGCGCUGGUCUGCUCGACACGGCCCGCCUCGCGGCGCCACGGACGACCAAAGACCUCUCCAACGACGACGAUCGCUUCCGAUGCGCGAGCUUGCCCAUCCCUUUUGACUAUGAAGACGCAGGCGCAGGCACGGGCAAUCUGACCCUGCUCCGCUAUUCGCCCUCGUUCAGCGGCAAGCAAAAGGACACGGAGAAGAGGCAGACGGUCUUCUUGAACCCUGGCGGGCCUGGCGGGCUGGGAAGCGUCUAUGUCGCUUCGAACUACCGCUUCUUUGAACGGCUCACCGGUGGGAAUUACGAUCUGAUCGGCUGGGACCCAAGAGGUCUGGCUACCAGUGGGCCAAAUCCUGCAACAUGCUUUGCGGACGCCGUCGAAUCAGCCAAGCUUACGGCCUCGACCAACGUCCAGAUCCCGUUCACGCACGGUUUGAAGGAGCUCAACGCAACAGGCUACGAUCGCGCCACGGCACAGUACCAUAAACUGGCCAAUUCGGUGCCUGCGACCGCCAAAGGGUGUCCACAUUACAGCACGAGAGAGCAGCUUGCCUUGCUCGCCUACCAGGGAAGCUACUACAAUGUGUUUGACAUGGACUUUCUGAGGCGUGCAAUCGACAAUAGUAGCCUCUUUCACUACCACGGCGUCAGCUAUGGCACCGUGUUCGGCAACUACUAUCUGUCGAUGUUCCCCGAGCACGUCGGCCGCGUUGUCUUGGAUGGCGUUGUCGAUGUUGCGGCCGAAGCGACCCAGCCCUUCUACCACGGCAACGGUCCGACAUUCUUUGGACAGACAGAGCAGAUGUUUGCAGAAUUUCUCAAGCUCUGUCAGGAAGCUGGGGCAGAUCGAUGUACCUUGGCAAAGCACGGAAAGACGGCAGAGGACCUCUUGCGCACGUUUGAUGGGGCGCUUGAGAGCCUCAAUGUCGCGCCGCGACGCGCUUCGCCUUCCCGUUUCAACGCAAGCGACAGCCUCACCGACCUGCAGAUCCUCGGAACAGACAUCAAGUCCUCCGUCCAGGCGGCACUCGCGGCACCCGCUAACAACGAGACAUCGUUCACGAGCAUCGGUCGCCUGCUGGAUCUCUUUGUAUCGAACCAGACCGACGAGCUUUAUGCGUCCUACUACGAACAAUCAAAGUCCCUCGCUGCCCUGAUCGGCCAACAACCCAGCUCGCUCAAUGCAGUCGCAACAUUCAACAACGACGUCCUGCCAAAGAACUACAGCGUGCGAGAAGCCGUCGACUACGUUGGCAAAGUGGCCUACGGUCUCACGCCCAGGCUUGUUGCAGCAAACACCAACUAUGUUCCUUUCUACGCCAGGUAUGGCUCAGUGGUUCCAAGCAGAAAGGCAACAUGGACAGGUGGAUUCGGAUUCAAAGAGGCGCUUAGAGGAAAGAAGGUCUUGAUCAUUGGCAAUCGAAUAGACCCGGUCACGCCACGAGCAAAUGCAGUCAAAAUAGCACGCUCCUUCUCGCCAUCAUCCUACUUUCUCGAGCAAAGCGGCAUUGGUCAUACAUCCUUGGUCCAGCCUUCGAACUGCACAAUUGAGGCGACUGCCCAUUACUUUCAGACUGGCCAGCUGAAAGAGUGCCGCCAUCGCAAGGACAACGACUUGCUCGAGCUCUUUGGGCCCAUUUCGCCCGUCGAGUAUGUCUGAGGUGUCUCAGCAUUCUAUUUUCAGACUGUGCAAAGGACUCGUUGUCACCCUGAUGUAAAGCAAUUAAAAAUGACCUGUGCAGAAGUCGAAAAGGGAAGAAUGAUCGGUAUGAUGUGAACACAAAAAGG